AUGACGCCGAAUGAUACGGAGGGCUUGACCGCUAUGACGCAUCCUCCGGCCGUCGACCCCGUAUCCUUGGUGUAUACUUCCACCAUGAACUCUUCGACCUCAGCGCUCAACUUUCCAAAGGAUCCCGAAUCUUCCAUGCCGAGCAAUUCGGAAGAGAGCUCACAGGAAGGUUCACCUGCCCGUGUGGCAUUGAGGUGCUUUAAACCUCCCUUAGAUAACCAUACCAACACAGCAUCCUCAUCGCAGGUGGUGGAGUCCCCAGCGUGGAAAGGUUCGUUCGCCAUAUCAGAACAACAAUGGCAUCAGCUAGCUUCAGAGCAACAAUGGCAUCAUCUUGCUUCCACACUCAAUAUUGUUAGACCGGUCCAAAGUUUGAGUGAUCUUAAACUUCCGAGUCGCUUGACCUUGGAGAGAUUACUCAGAGCAUUCGCUGAGUGCUUUCUCAUUUACAUCCCAUGUAUUCAUAUGCCGACCUGGAAAGCAGAGCUGGCUCCUCCUUGCAUGAUCUUUGCGAUGGCAUCUAUUGGUGCCAGUUACUAUGACGACGAGGCAACUGCGACUUCACUUCAUUGCAUGGCCCAGAUGUGUAUAAAAAAUUAUACGAGCCGCUAUGGGUACUGCAGUGCCUGCUAUUGA